AUGAUGAACUUUGCUUCUGCACAACUAAAGUAUACUUUACUGGAAGAAUCAGAGCCUGGGAGUUUAGUAGGCAACGUUGCUAGGGACCUGGGAUUAAACACAGCAGGGAUUUUCGAGCGAGGACUGCAGCUGGGAACUGAACAAAGCCAGCAAUAUUUUGCACUGAAUCUGGAAAGUGGAACCCUUAUAACAAAGCAUCGAAUAGACAGAGAAAAGCUGUGUGGCAACAGCCCUGACUGUGUUCUGCAUGUGGAGAUUGUUCUUGUAAAGCCAUUGGAACUGUAUCGCCUGGAGGUAGAGAUCUUGGAUAUAAAUGAUAACUCUCCUGUUUUUCCAAACACAGUACGUACGAUAAAAAUAACAGAAUUUGCUGCUGUUGGUUCUAGAUUUCCCCUAGAAAGAGCUCAGGAUCCAGAUGUGGGAAUCAACUCUGUCACCUCCUACCAAUUAGAAAAGAAUAUGUAUUUUUCUUUAAUUGUACAGAAUCGUAAAAAUGAUAGGCCUUCUCCAGUACUUGUAUUAGAGAAAGUCUUGGACAGGGAACAGCAAGCAGAGCACACGUUGGUCCUGACUGCCCUUGAUGGUGGCACUCCAGCUAGAUCUGGGACUAUGUUAAUUUCUAUUAUUGUAAUAGAUAACAAUGACAAUGCUCCAGUAUUUGACAGUACUUUCUAUAAAAUAAAUGUGAGAGAAAAUGCACCAUUAAACUCUCUCGUAAUAAAACUGAAUGCAACAGAUAAAGAUGAAGGUGUCAAUGGUGAGAUCAGCUAUUACUUUGAGGAUAUCUCCUCAGAAGACAUUGCCAAUGUCUUCAGCUUGGAUCAUCAGACAGGAGAAAUACGUGUUAAAGAACACAUGGAUUUCGAAAAACAUCGCUCGUAUGAAAUUUCUGUCAAGGCCCUCGAUCAUGGAGUACCAGCAAUGGAAGGGCAUUGUGUUAUUCAAGUGGAUAUAGAAGAUAUGAAUGACAAUGCACCUGAAAUUCUUAUCUCUUCUUUGGUAUCUUCCAUUCCUGAGGAUAGCCCAGUUGGGACCACUGUAGGGCUAUUAAGGGUAAAAGACCAAGAUACUGGUAAAAAUGGUGAAGUGCAGCUGGAAAUAUCUCCAGAUCUUCCAUUUUCUAUUACAAAUGUUCUAAAUCACUAUUCCUUAGUCACAAAUUCAUUAUUGGAUCGAGAACAUGCUAGUCAAUAUAUCAUUCAACUCACAGCAACAGAUAUGGGAGUGCCUCAACUUACAGCACAAACUGUAUAUAAUAUAACUGUUUCAGAUGUAAAUGAUAACCCACCAACUUUUGAAAGAUCAUCCAUGUAUGUUGAGAUCAAAGAAAACAACAAACCAGGGGCAUUACUUUGUGCUGUCACUGCUUCUGACAAGGACGAAGGAGAAAAUGCUCAUAUCACCUAUUCCAUUAUUAACAGCCUUAUCAAUGGUUUCCCUGCAUUGUCUUUUAUUUACAUGGACACACAAAAUGGAAACAUUUAUGCCCAGCAAUCGUUUGAUUAUGAACUUGCUCAGGUUCUACAGUUUACCAUCAGAGCAGAGGAUUCUGGUAUACCAAAACUUGCAUCUAACAUUACAGUCUAUCUUCACGUUCUUGAUGAGAAUGAUAAUCAUCCUUCAAUAUUAUACCCGACAAACUCAAGACAUGCUCCAGCACAGCAGUUAAUGCCCAGAUCUCUUCCCACAGGUUCCUUGGUAACCAAAGUUGUAGCAGUGGAUGGUGACUCUGGUUACAAUGCCUGGCUCACUUACAGCAUUACAAAAGCCACUGACCUAUCUCUUUUUAAAAUUGCUCCUCACACUGGUGAAAUUAGAAUGGCUCGAAGUUUUCUUGAGACAGAUUCACCUGUGCAAAACCUGUGUGUUAUGGUCAAGGAUAAUGGAAACCCUUCAUUGUCAUCCACAGCAACAUUAAUCAUUUCUUCUGAGGCCGGGUCUUCUAAAGAAAGUCUCCAUUCAAAAGAUGUAUUUGCUGACACCAAACAAAAGUCUGAUAUCACAAUGUAUCUCAUCAUAGCUCUGGUUUCCCUUAGUAUAGUUUCAGUUGUUACAUUAAUUAUUUUGUUGGUGAAAUGUGUCAGAAGGAAGAACAAAAUGGCUGACCCAGAGUCUCCUUGUUGGUUUUUACAUCAGUCAAAUUCUACAGACAGCCCUCAAACAUUCCAGCCAACACUUGGCUUCAAUAUGGAUGGAACACUAAAGUACAUGGAGAUCAGGUUGGAUCCCUCCAAUCCAGGAAGUCAGUGUUACAGAACAUACUUUACUCAAUCUGACAACAUCAAUCUUACUCUUCUGAAGCCUUUAACCUUUUCUCCGGUGAAAGAUGUGGAUAGCAAUGCAGAAUCUUUAGGCAUCAGUAGCUUAAGAGAUUCCACUGAGCACGCUCAGCCUAAUGCAGACUGGCAGCUCACUCAGGGUCAAAGACCGGGACCAAGUGGACAGCAGCCCACAGAAGAACCUGGAGUGUGGCCAAAUAACCAGUUUGAAACUGAGAGACUCCAAGCAAUGAUCCUGGCAUCGGCAAAUGAAGCAGCUGAAGGAAGUUCUGGUAUCGGAGGAUCAACAGGUACAAUGGGACUCAGUGCUCGCUAUGGACCACAGUUCACUCUACAGCACGUCCCUGACUACAGACAAAACAUCUACAUUCCAGGAACAACAUCAACCCUUACUAACGCUGCGGGGAAACGUGACAACAAAGCACCUUCAGGGAACAAAAAGAAAUCUGGAAAAAAGGAAAAGAAAUAA